AUGUUGAGCAAACUCCAAUCAAAGCCCUUGAAUGGGGUCACCAAUAAUGCCAUGGCUAUUUUGGAACGUACCGCAGGCGUAGUGCCAUCAUCAAACAUGAUCCGAUGCUACCAUCAAACAAAGAAUAAUAAGACCAUUCUUUUAACGCCCAGAACAUCGAGUGAUUAUGUUACUAUGACGUUGAAUGCAUUGAAACAAGAGUGCCGGAAACGAGGGAUCAAGGUGAGCGGGAGAAAAAUUGAGUUGGUGAAUAGGUUAGUGAAACAAGAUCGUGAUUCAAACUCAAAGUUAUCGGUUGGAGCGGCAAUGGCCAGUGUUGAUAAGGUUGGCGGAUCAACAACCGCCCAGGGACUACACUAUAUUAUUGAUAAUGGCAACAAGAAUGGUAGCUCGGAAAUUAUUAAGAAAAACACUUUGAAGAUGAAAAAUAACAAUAAUAAUAUCCCUAACGAACGAUUUAUCUCUAGUAGUGUACAACCACAGAUCAAAGCCGAUCAGCCCCAGAAUUUGGAACAGCAAUCUAACCGCCUACAACACUCUGUUGGUUUUAAAGGGACAAUGGAUAGAAAAACCGGAUCAACUACCGAAUCUUACAGCACAUUGAAUAUAUUACGGGAACUCGACGCCUCCAAUAACGUUGAUCAUGUCAAGUUCCCAGACUUGUUGGCAUUAAACAGGGUAAAGGUCAGUGAAUCGCCAAUUUCCAUGCUACUCCUCAAAACCCCAAGCAUCGGUCACCAACCUGAAGAGAAGAUUGUGGUUAUGGAUGAUUCACAGCCGAUUUCCAGCAGUUCGCCGAUUGUCAACGGUUCGAAUAUCGACAUUACUCCAUCUUCGCUCAGCGCUACUACCGAUUCUGGCAAAACAUCACUUACAAUUACCCCAUCGAAUGAAGAAAUUCAACCGCUUCAGUUGAUGAUGGCAGAAAUCACCUCAACUCCAUUUUUCCGGAAUAUCAAGCGGAUCAUCACCGAGUUUGCCAAUAGUGAAGUAGUAGCCGAUGGAGAAAAGUAUCAAUUAGAACCGGUAAAUUUGACCAAGAAUGAAGUCAAUUUCUUCCAGUGGUUUGUGGUUGGAGUUGUUGGGUACUGGGUCGGGUCAGAGUUAAUUGAGAAGAAGAGGGGAUCAAAGGUAAUCAGUUAA